UACAAGAGUGUACACGCGUGACAUCGUUAAGUAUUCACUGAUCAAGAAACUGAUCACAUUAUUUCUUUAUAAAAAUGGUGAAAUAUUAGCUGAAUUUAAUUAAAUAUUGUUUGAGUAGGAUUUAUUUUAAAUAUGAAUGGGUUUGUGUAAAAACUAACAAGCAAAACGUUGGACUUUUAUCCAGAAAUUGGAUUUGCUGAUAGUAAAUCAUUCUCAUUAAAAUUUAUGACGAGUGAUAUACAUACGAUACAAAAUGAUGAGAAAAAUAACUUCACAAGAUAAGCUACGGUAGACCAAUUUCUCAUAGGAAUAAGAUAUUACAUUAUGUUUUUCAAAGUAGAAAAUAUGAUAAUUUACCAAUAACUUUAAAACUUUGAAACUUGAGCUGGAGUGUCUUGGCUGCUAAAGUUCUAUAAGACAAUAACAUGAAUGUUGAUCCGUAAAUGUUAAUAAAUGAUAAUGAAUCGUAAACAAUAUUUAGUUUUCUGGAUGUGUUUGUGUAUAUUUAACAUUUGUUCAGCGGAAUUGUCGAAUGUGUCAUGGCCUUCAUCAGAGAAAAACAUUAGUAGCAUGAUUUUGAUAGGCGAUGGACAGAAGUUGAUAGUAAGUGGAUUAAACCAUUUGUAUAGUUUAAAUACAACAAACUUGCAGCUUAUAAAUGAUGUUGUUAUUGGACCAGUAAAUGAAAUUCAUAACAAUGUGAAACUUGUCAUAUACAACAAAACAGAACCUAACAAUAACGCUUAUAUAACAACAUGUGAUACAUUGAAUUCAUAUUGUGAAAUCAGACGAUUAAGUGAUAUUUCGGAUGUCGUUAAUCGACUAGAGUCACCUAUCAAGUCAGACGGAGUACAAGCUUUUAUGACAUCGUAUAAAAAGCCAAUGGAAUGGGAAACUUUCCUAUUUGUCGCCUGUCCGCAUAAUGAAAUCCAGGAAAACAGAUGUUCAAGGCCAGGAAUUAAUUUAUUCUCAAAUAGCGGGCGUAACGAUCCAGUCACAAGGUUUAGGUUCAAAUCGUUUGCUUAUACACCAAUUCUGACCGAAAAAUACAUUGAUGCUUUCGUCGUAGACAAAUAUAGAUUAUUUUUCAGUUGGCAACAGAAAAAAUCUUCACUGAACAGAACAAGCAAAAUAGCUCAAGUGUGUCAGCUCUUCAAACAAAACACGUACACCACACCAUUUACGUAUGCUGAUAUGCCAAUAGAAUGUGGAGAUUUAAAGGAAUUACAAGCAGUAAAGAAGAUUGUAUUUGAAACGGAGGUCGUUUUUAUUGCGGUGUUUUCUGAUUCAGUGAAAUCGUCGGUAUGUGUUUACACGAUGAAUGAAAUAAAACGAACGUUUGUAGAAAACAUCAAAGAUUGUUAUAACGGUACACGUGUUCCUGAAGAAGAAGAUUAUUUCCAGUCUCCAACUGGUGGCCGUCCAUGUACAUCACCGAUUCGUGGCGGUGUUGACUCCACUGAAACGGACGAUUACUUCCUGUGCAACGAGUUCCGAUUACCAACCUAUAAUUUAGUCAUCGGCACCCAUGUUUUGUCUCAACAGCCAGCUAUUACGUAUAACAUGUCAAUAACAGCUGUCACAGUGUCUGUUGUAGAUUCGAAGAUCAUUGCAUUCCUUGGAACAACAUCUGGCGACAUUUUAAAGGCUGUUGUCUUCCCCAGAAAUUCCAGUAGUCAUAUACAUCAACCUAGAACCAAAACCUUUAGGGAUACGAUAAAGAAGGACAUGUUUACAUCACACGAUGAAAAACACAUCUUUGUUCUGAGUGAGAGAAAGGUUUUCAAAAUUCCUGUGGAGUCAUGUUCUGAGUUUCGUACCUGCGAUGGGUGUUUAGGUAGUAAUGACCCAUACUGUGGCUGGUGUUUCUUAGAAGAAAGAUGCAGUACGAGUGAUGCUUGCCCAGUAAACAGGGAGUGGAUAUCAGCUUCAAGUGGUGAUAUAUGUCCACAUGUAAAAGAUAUUUCUCCUGCAGUAAUGUCCAUUGAGGAAAUAGUAACGCUUGACAUAAAAGUUUCAAACGUAUUACAAGGCGUGAAUGUGUCAUGUAAAUUUCACAGUGAUGAAAUCGGACCCACCUUCUAUACCACUGAAAUAGCACGGGUUUUCAACGAUGGGUUAUCAGUGCUAUGUUCGCCAACGGACAUAUUAGAUAUUACACACAGAAUAAAAGGUUCUCUUGAAAUGAAAGUUUCCAUAUUGACGAAUGGUACAGCAACAACCAUAGAAGGAACUUUUAUUAUAUAUAGCUGUGAAACAUUUGAAAGGUGUAUUGACUGUUCAUCAAGGAAUUGGAAAUGUAGAUGGUGCCCUUACUCAAACCAAUGUAAAGAGCGUCAUAUCAACUGUGCUGAUAUUAGCAUCAUUAAUGCAGAAGAUUGUCCACGCGCCAUUAACUACACAGUUGUCACAAAGAGUGUGGAUAUCGUCCAUGAUUCGAAUGGUUCCGUGUAUUUCUCUAGAGACAGAAACUAUACGAUAAACAUAACAGGAUCCAACUUGCUAGAACCAAAAACAACACCGGGCGCUCUGGAAUAUGGUUGCAAGAUAGUUGUAUCAGGAACACAAGAACUUUGGUUUAACAGGACUUACUUUAAUCAUGGAAGUCUUAAGUGUUAUUUAGAAAAGGAGAGCUUGUCUAAAAUAACGUUACAAGAAGGUAAACUUAAUGCUACGGUCCAACUUAUGUGGGGAGGAUCUCCAGUCUACGGGGAUACAAUGCCAGUCACCAUUUACGCAUGUGAACGACUUCCGACACCGGCCAACAAUUGUGGGCAUUGCAAGAGUUUUGCAUUGUAUCAACCUCAUUUUAAUUGCCAAUGGUGUGGCGUAUCAGCGUGUGUGGACAACAGUCAAAUGUGUAACACCACAGCUUGUGACGCUCCUGUCAUUACUGAGGUGCAUCCACUCAGUGCUCAUAUAAAUGCAACGACAUUGAUACAAAUAACAGGUGUAAACCUUGGGUCUUCCUAUAAUGAUACUGUCGAUUCCGUGACAGUUGCUGGAAUUGCCUGUGAUUCUAUUGAAACUGGCUACAAUCCCGGCAGAAAGAUCGAGUGUAAACUUCCGCCAAGUAACACAGUGAUGAACGGAAGUGUGAUUGUGACAAGAAAAGAUAACGCUAGAGGGGUGUACUCUUUACCGUUCCAAUUUCGGGUUCCUAAGGUUACCGCUAUAAAGCCCUCCAUUGGACCAAUGUCAGGUGGCACGCUUGUUACGCUAUAUGGACACCUGCUGGACACUGGAAAAAAAUUGAAUGUUUCUAUUGGUGGGAAAACAUGCAGAGUCAACGAUUUUAGAGAUGGCACUAUUAACAUAAAUUCAUCAACAAAGCGUGUAUGCACGACAACUGCUGGAAACGUUAAUGACCAAGAUAAGGCUCUCGACGUAAAUAUACAAUUUGACGGUGCGAAUGCCAUAAUAAGCGAAGAUGUUGCAUAUACAUAUGUUAAAGAUCCCAACAUAACAUCUAUUUCGCCGAAAGAAAGUUUUAAAAGUGGCGGGCGAACACUUACGAUUGAAGGAGAUAACUUACACGCAUUACAACGACCGAAGAUCUAUGCAGUAAUUGGUAACAGGAGACUGAAGUCCGAGGAUUGCACCAGAGAAGAUGAUGGUGGCGUUAUUUAUUGUCCUAGUCCUAGAUAUACUGACAAUAGAAAUAAAAGGCGUAAAAGAUCGGAUAGCAGUUCACAAGAAGCAAGAAUUGGAUUUGAAAUGGAUGACGUUGCAUCGGUAAAAGCAGAAAAUCUACCAAGAAACAUAGCUGUGCUUUUGUACUUCGAAGAUCCUUCUAUCAAAAACUUCACAGAAGAUAAACAAUACACUGAAUAUCUUUCUAUAAAGGGAGAACGUUUUGACGUUGCAGCAGUACAAAGUGACGUUGUCAUAGAAAUCGGCUGUGAGAGGUGUAACGUGACAAGUAUGGCUCACGAGUAUAUAAUUUGUAAGCCUCCAACGGAAGAACCGAAAUGCAGUCAUCGGGUUAAAAGCCAUAAAUUUAUCGUCAACGUGAAUAUUGGAUUUCUGUCAAGAAAUGUUGGUAACAUCACAUACAAUGAUCCAUCUGUUAAGCCGCUGGAUGAUCCCGGGCGGAAAACCGAAUACAUCAUAGCAGGAAGCAUAGUAGGGAUUCUAAUCUUUGGUCUGCUGAUAUCUUUUGGCAUUGUCUUUGCAAUGAUGAGAAAACGUAAGCUCAUGAAGAAAGAGAAAGCCGGUCUACUGUAUAAAAUGGAUAAAAUAGAAGCAAAGUUUAGAAAUCAAUGCAGAGAAGAAUUCGCUGCACUUCAAACUGCCGUCUCUGAUUUAACAAGCGAUUUGAAAGGAGGGAAUGUCUUGUUUCGAGAAUAUGAAGUGUAUGCGAGUAAAACACUUCUUUCAUCACAAAAGUCAGACAUAUUGAUGAACCGAGAAUCAGUGCCUAAUCAGCAAGCUAUGGAUACGUUUAAAGGAUUACUACGUAAUAGGCAGUUUCUUCUGAUGUUGAUUAAAACAUUCGAGAAAGAGCAAUCUUUUACAAUAAAUGACAAGUCAAAUGUUGCAACAAUACUGAUGAUCCUUAAUCACGACAACAUGGAAUAUGUGACUGGCAUACUAACAACACUGCUUGAUGGUCUGAUUGACAAGAACAUUGCCUCAGGUACCCCGAAACUUCUCCUCAGAAGAUCAGAAUGUGUAGCCGAGAAACUCCUCACCCAUUGGCUGUCAAUCUGCUUGUACCAUUACCUCAAAGAGCGUUCGGGAUCACCCUUGUAUAUACUAUACAAAGCAAUCAAAAUUCAGACUGAGAAAGGACCGAUGGACUACAUUACAAACUGUGGGAAAUAUACGCUUUCGGAGGAUAAACUGAUCACAUCGGCCGAUAACGAAAUCAAUCCAGUCACUCUGACGCUUGACGUUACCCAUUUUGAUUAUAUUGACAACACGGAAAAGCAGAUUUCAGUCCAAGUUCUAGACUGUGAUACUGUCACUCAAGCGAAAGCAAAAAUGCUGGAGAUUUUAUAUAAAAAUGUGCCAUACUCACAGAGACCUUCCGUACAUAGUACAAAUCUAGAGGUCGAAGAAGGUAAUGGGGGAUCUAAACGUUUCUUAAGCGAUGAAGAUGCGUCAAGUACAAAAGAUGGUAUCUGGAAGAGAAUAAAUACACUUCAGCACUACAAAAUUCAAGAUGGGGCUAAAGUCUAUCUCCUUUUGAGCAAAGAAUUAAAAGAAUCCUUGACGGCAGUUGCAGCCGGAGAAUCACCAGGUUCAUUCAUAGUCGGUAGUUUAAGAAGAUCUAAACCUGUUGUAAGGACAAUCAGUGGGUCAAACUUUUGGCACCUGACAAAGAAGCAUCAUACCGAUGACGAUGUGCAAUUAUCGAGUGAUCUAUUUCUUCCGAGAUUGCUUAACACAAAGGUAGGAGGUCUGAGAGAUGUUAUAUUUAUCAUUGUUUUUUUAAACGCUUUUGCAAUUAUCUUUUUGUGUGCUCAUCGCUGUUCUCAAAUAUAUAUAUAAGUAAAUAUGAGUGAAUAUUCCAAC